UGUUGCAUACUGGACAUACUUCUUGUCCAAGUCUUUCAUCAAACGCGAUAGAUGUCCUUCAUGCCUCAAUCGAACCUAUGAAUGUGUAAGCCUCCUUGAUUUCCGAGUAGAUGCUAGUAUACGACUAGAUAGAGCCUCGACAACAUCUCGACUCUGUGCUCAAAACUUGAUCCAAACACAACACAGCUCAGGACCAAAGCUACAGCUACAGCUUCUACUCUGCCGUCUGCUCUUGCAUGAGCAAACACGCUCGCUCGCAUCUCAAACAGCUCUAUAAAGACCCGCUUCCAGUCGUCAAUGUCAUUCCUCUGCCUCCCAUCACACCACAUAACCCACUCUCUGUCUUAAUUUGUCUCUGGCACUAUCUCACUUAUUGCCCGCCGCAAGCCGAUCGACUCAUUGGCAAACUAGACCAAGCAACACGCUCAGUAUGGUUACUAGAUCAACGCAGUGCACAACGAGCCUGGUAUGCUGGAUUCUUCGGCAAGGGUACUUUUUCCCGCUCUGAUCCAACGUGGCAUAUUCGUGUUCAACGCCAAUUAGGCAUCCUCGGACCAGAUGAACGGCUCGUCUCUGAGGAAAUCACGGCGAGACGGCGCAUUGCAAGACAGGCUAUGAAGACUGAGCGUGCAAAAGUUGAACGAGAAGCAAGAGAACGGAUCCUCAGAGAAGAAAGCGGCUUGGGACUUCUUGAGGAUGAGAAGAUGCUGGAUGAGGCUGUUUUCCAAGAAGUCUCAGCAGUUCAACCAUAUCUGGCGCGUCCGGUUCUGGAUGAGCCUGUCGUGGAGUCUAUCCCAGACCUCGAGCACCUACAGCUCUCCCUCCACGAGGCAAUCUUUCUCGCAGUGGCUUUGGACACGCUAGACAUACAAGACGACGACCAUUUCAUCGACAAAGCAUCGCUCCUGCCGAUUCUGAUCCAAAUCGCUCUUCCAAACCAAUCACAAGUCAAGCAAGUUCCAGCCAGUGAGCCAUUCUUACUACGCUACGCGGCAUAUCAUCACUAUCGCGCCCACGGUUGGACUGUCAAACCAGGCAUUAAAUUUGGUAUUGACUGGAUCUUGUAUGAUCGUGGACCCGUCUUUUCACACGCAGACUAUAGUAUCGUUGUGGUACCUGAUCCAAUACACGCAGAUGUACAAGAAGACACACGGCCGUGGUGGUGGUUGCAUGCUGUGAAUCGGGUGAAUGCACAAGUCAAAAAGACAGUCAUCUUGUGUUAUAUCACGUUUGAUGCGAGUAGACCUGUCAGGCUUGAUCAGGGAUUGAAGAGUAUACUUCAGCGGUAUACGAUUCGCGAGGUGAGUAUCAAACGUUGGAAUGCAGGGAGGAAUAGAUAAAAAAAGUCAUAUUGAUGGCGUGAGUAGCUCAGACUUGCCCAGACUAGCCAAGGAAGUUGACAACUGCAAAGUGU